AUGACUGAAGGAUUAACAUUCCCGAUGCGGAGAGAAUCGGAGUCGGCUUCUCGACUGAGACAAAUUAUCUCCGAUAUGCUUCCUCUCUUCUCCGAACACUACUCCCACUCCGACGACGACAUCCUCUCUGAGUAUAUUACGGUGAUUGUUUGUAACGGAAAGAGUCAGAGGCAGGCACGUGACUAUUUGGAGGCUUUUCUUGGGGAGCAAUCUGGAGAGUUUGUUGCUUGCUUAUGGGAGCAUCUUUUGAAGGACAUUACUCAAGGUAAACGAGAAACUUCUGGUUCUGAAACUAGGACUGGUGUUGAAUUUGGUUCUCAUGAUACUCUAAUCGAACAAGGUUCAAGCUCCAGAAGUCAUGAUGAGUAUGUUCGCAAAGCUACUACGCCUACUUAUCGGAGGAACGUACCAACUACUGCUCGAGAAGACGUUGAGGUUCAUGUGUCACCAAAAGCUAGAAGCAUGAAGAUGUUACGACAAGAGCUCAUUAAUAGCCCUUGUAAAAGGACAGAACCUAAACGGAGAGAGGAUUGGAACUUGUCUGAUGUUAAUUACUCUAGAAAAGUACUGCGCUCCGUUAUCGUUUCCGCCGCUAAGCAACCAUGUCGUAUGAAUCCUGAUGGAUAUAGAGAGUCUAUGGAUGAAAGGAGCGGAAUACAGAAGCGUGUAUACUUUCCAGAAAGAGAAAUGAGGCAAUCGUAUUUUCCAUCUGUCCCUUCAGGAGGAGCUGUGUCUGCAAGAUCUCAUGAUGCAACUUCGAGCCAGGAAAUGAAUCUUCAUGGUAGUGUUUGGGAUCGUUUGGGGCGACCAGGCGACAAAGAGUAUCCUAUAUUGCCUAAGUUUAGGAUUCAGGCAAAUGAACACAGAGCUUUUGAGCAGCAUGGACGCGCAUUUCCUGCAGCAUAUAUUGAACAACAUAGCGAGAGGUUUCAGAGAGAAGCUCCUGCGGUCACUUACAGGCACAGAGUUUUCCCACCCCUUGAAGCUAGGAAACCCAAGAGUGGAACUAUUACAUACACUGAACCUCAUAUCGCGCAUAACCUCAGCAGAAAGAGGCGAUAUGGCAUCAUCAACCCCAAUUGCGUAGAUGCUUCAGUUGGUGAUCUUAGCAGUGCUCAUCAGCGUAAGCAAGCUAAACAGGAUGUUGAAAAGCCAAGCCUGCUCUCCUAUCAGUCCAAAAGGCCAAAUCUUUUUUCAGAAAUAGUGAACAUGAAACAAAAGCUGCAACAACUAGAGAGGCAGAUUAAUCAAGCAAAGCAGUUUAAGAAACAGAAAGUUGGAGAAUUCAGAGGCUCACCACAAUCUGUCGAGUUGCAGAAACAACACGGUGUCACAGAAUCAAGCAUCAUACAUGUUACCAACGUACACUAUGCGGCAAGUAAGGAAGCUAUAUCAAUGUUGUUCAGCAAGUGUGGAGCUGUCAAAAACAUUACCUUUGUAACUGAUCCAGUAACUCGACAUCCAAUGGGGGCUGCUUUUGUGACUUUUGCUUCGAAGGAGUCAGUUAACAAAGCAAUAGCUCUUAGCGGCACAAUGUUCUAUUCAAGACCAAUCAAGGUUUCGGAGUCACACAUGAUAACGUCCGGAGGGGCACCACAGGUAGUCACUGAAAGUUAAACCAACAGAAACAUUAUGGUAGGGUAAUACACAAAGGUAGCCUAAAACCAUCUGCUUAACGACGUCGUUGUACAGCUUUUAUGGAAUCGUAUCAGACUUUUGAUUCCAAGUUAAGAACGAAGAAACUAAUAAGCAUACAUUUGUUUGGACACGGUAAUUUCUGCUUUUUCUUUUCUUCUUAAUUAACUGAACAUAAAAACACACAAAACUAGACCUUCUCUUAUCAUGAGACCACAACAUACUUUCAUUUUUUUCUUUUCUUAUAAAUACACAACGCACACACAGACACUUAACUUAGUUAUCUAAAAUCACUUUUUUUUUUCUUAUAUAUUUUUCUUCUUCUUACUCUUUUCAUUUUAGUCAAUCGUCAUAGGCUGACUCAUGCAACAUCUGAAACGGGCUUUUCUAGCUGUCGUCAUUAUCUCAGUUUCUGCAGCUUCAAGCAUACUCACAAC